CCUAAGCGAGAAUCAUACCCCUAGACCAACGAGCCGUAUUGCAUGUGAGAUCACAAAUACAGGAUAUCGAUCUUGAGUAUUAUGGUAAUAAUGUAUAUAGACGCACGCACAUAUAUAUACGCGUUAUCUGUGUCAUUAACUGCGCGAUAAUUCUCUCUCUGUGCGUGGCACAUAUUCAACAUGGCGGGCUACGAUCAGCAAGACUUCAACAGGAGUGCGUUGACGCUCGAUAGCAGACGGGCCUGGUACACCGGACAAAAAGCGGAAAAGAUUCCUAAUGGGCUGGUAGGAGUCGUUGGUCACGAUUGUCUCGGCUUGGAUCUCUCCUACAACGAAUUGACCACUAUUUCUGGCGUGAAAGAUUUUGAGCAGCUUCAGGAAUUGAUUCUGGACAACAAUAAACUCGACAAUCUCAAAACACUACCGGAUAUCCCGACUUUGACCACUUUGAGUCUGAAUAAUAAUAAGAUAUCUAAUAUCGACCAAGCCCUCGAUAGGAUACGAGAAUGCUGUCCCAACGUGGAGUACGUGAGUCUCCUGGGCAAUCCCGGCUGUCCCGAUCAGCUGACCAAUCCGACGUCCACCGACGAAGACGAUUACGAGCGUUACAGGCUAUACGCCAUCCACGCUUUACCUCCGAGUCUUCGCUUUCUGGACUCCCGAAGUGUCACUCAGCAGGAGAGAUUGAAUGCUAAGACUCGCGGCAAGUACUCCAAAACGAUCAAGCUCGUCCCGGAAUUGAUUCGCAACUUCGCACCCAGUUCGACGCAUGCCAGUAAUGAGUUCGACGACAUAUAUUUCAACAUCCAUUACACGCCCUUGCCGAGCUCGCCGCGCAAUCCUCAGGAUCACAGAGGUGCGUAUGGCAAAUGCAAGUAUCGAUACUCCGGCAAGAACUCGGAGGGCAACAGAUUCAUCUCGAACAACGAUCUUUAAGCUGCAUGUAGCGUGGCCUUAUAAUAUCAUUUUUCUAGUCAGGUAAGAUUGAUCUUAAUGAAAAAUUGUCAGUUAGAUCUCGGCGUUAAUAAAGUCUAUCGCAUGCGAUAUCGCACGAUUAAUAUCGUAUUAUGUCAUCGACACUAUAAUGAUAAAGAUAUGCACAGAGAUUUACAUACUAUAGACGUACAUACCAACAUUUAUAUCAUGAUAACAAUUACAUUUUGAUAUCAGCAUUCUCAGCAACCAUUGAAUUUUAAUAUAAAUUACAAAAUUCAAUUCGAUUUAAAACGGCUGUCUAUAUAAGUGCAUAUCUCAUGAAAAAUAAAUUUAAAAGCUUACGAUAUUCAAUCAAAUAAAACAUAAAACAUAAAAAAUGUAAAACAUGAUUUUUGAAAACAAAAUAAAAAGUGCAAUAUCGUACAAAGUAGAACUGCUUGAUUAAUUAUAUGAUUGUAAAACACUAUACAAAAUAAUUUUUUAUCUGACGACGAUUUAUAUCCAUUUUCCUUAUUUUUCUUAGGUAAAUUUCGUCUUCCCAUUGUUCAAUAUAUGUAUAUCAGUUCUCUUUCUCGCAAGAGUGAUUUUCUUCGAUAAGUGUCCGAUUUACGUUUAUAACUUUUUAUAGCCAUUUAUAUUUCUACAAUGAAUAAAUCAUGUGAAAUCUACGAGUAAACGUAUAAAACUUUUAUUAUCAUGUACACCGACGAGCGACAUAUAAAUAAAUGUCUGAUUUCCUAAGUUUUAACAUUACAUUUUAUAACAUUACGUGCUAACUGGACUAACAUACGUAGAGUAACUUGGAGGCUCUGUCGAGAUAGAAAACGCAAUGGGUUAU